CAUGGGAUCAUUCUGGAACGGCGCAAACCGGGAGAGAGCGCAAAAUUGAUGAAAAAGUUCGCUCUUGAACAAAAGAAAGAAACAUUUCCACGAACUGCGAAAAGGUUGAGACCGAUACCAGUAGAGUGCAUUUUAAACACGACGGAAAAUGCUGAUUCGAAAUAUAUCUUUCGUGAUCAGCAAACGAGGAAAAACUCAAUUAUGCGUCAAUGGCUACCUAUACAUGCGCGUGAAAACAACCGAAGAGUUGCAAUUCUGGUCCUGUAAUCAGGAUAAAGUACUAAGAUGUACGGCCAGGGCGACAACUGGCCGCGCCAAGAAAGACGAUAAGCCAACUAUCAAGCUUCGAGGCUUCCACAAUCACAAAAUCAUUCUCGAACGUCGGAAAGCCGUAUUUCAGUACACUGUUGAAGAUGCCACCGAGUAUCGCGUAUUCAUCAGAAGCCAGCGUGGUGCACCAUUGCUAACGCUGGGCAAUUUCAUCUAUCGCUGCGAACGGGUCCGGAAAACACGCUCCUACUGGUUGUGCAUUCGCUACAAAAGCUCCAAAUGCAAUGGACGCGUCAUUUGCCAGGGUAACAAAAUUAUCAAGCUGACGGAGCACUGCCACGCGAACGACCACAAACGGAUCAGUUCGUCGGUCCUUGAGGAGACGGAUCUAUCCGGUAUCAAUUUGGAAGAGUGGUACAAACAGACGCUGGUGCAAAAGAGACACGUAGUGAAGCGAAAAUAAAAGAUUUUUUAAUUUUAGA